UCGCUUCUCUUGAAUGUUGUUCUCUUUUACAAUUAUAGAACUUUCCUUGCGACACUUGCGGUAAGAUUUAUCAUUCGCACAGGAGAAUGCGUGUCCACAUGCAUAGGCAUAGAAGCAACAGUUUUGCAUGCGAGAUUUGCCAAAAUCACUUAUCGAGUAAAGAAGCUUUGGAAAAACAUCACAAGACAGCUGUACAUUUACAUGAUUAUAUCUGCGAUAUAUGUCACAAGAAACUGAAAUCCAAACAUAUGUUGCGCGCUCAUAUAAAUAGUCACUUAAAGCGCAAAUUCAAGUGCCCGAAAUGUCCGAAUGUGUACAAAAGUAAACAGUCCUUGAAUGAGCAUCUUCUGUCGAAGCACAAGGGCAUCCGUAAAUAUGAAUGCUUUAUCUGCAAAAAAACGUACGGUCAUCGAUCGAACCUCACUCGUCAUCAGAAAGUGCACUCUGGGUCUAGGAUUCCUCCAACUGCAAUGUCUUAAAGUUUUUCAGCUGGCGCAAAUCCCAAAGUUUGACGCAAGAAUCUUCCGCAGCUGUCGCCAAGUAAUAUCCAUUCUCAGCAAAAUUAAUGGCUGUGAUUACACCCGUAUGCCCCGGAAACUUUGCAACAUUAGAUUGCUCUUUCAAAUCUUAGACUUUUACCUGAGAGUUCGCAGUACCAGUGCCGAAGAUUAAACCGUCAGGAUGACAUUGCAGCGUUGUCAAUGCUUGUCACCUGCUUGUCCUGCAACCUUUAAACAGUUCACGAUAAGUAUG